AAAAACAUAUUCUCUGCAUUUCUUCUCACAGAUCCGGGAAAAAGUUUUCUUUAUCCCAACCCACAUGACCAAGAACGACAAUGUUUCGGUUUGCUCUGUUACUGUUUUGAUUAAAGGGUACUUUUGGGAUUUCAUCAUCCGUCAGUUUCUAUUGAGCUCCAUUCAUUCAUACUUUUCCAUAAACCAUUUCACACUGAGCUGAAGAUGAAGAAGGAGAAGAUUGUUAGGUUCUACUCCAGUGGAAAGAAGCAAAAAUGGAGAGGAGAAGCUGAUGAGCCUUCAAGCUUAGAGAAAUUGUCAUCUGGGUAUAAGUUUUCAAGCUCUGGCAAAAACCAUAAACCCAAUGAAACCCAUAAGUUUGGGAGCUCAAAGGUGUACCCGGAGAACCAAGAGCCGUUGAGAAAGCGGAUUCUUGAUCCGGGCAGUGACAUUGUGCUGAACUGGAACAGGGGGUUCAUUAUAUCUUGCUUGCUGGCGCUGUUCGUGGACCCCUUAUAUUUUUAUUUGCCCAUUAUCCGAGGAACUAAAGAUCUGACUUGUGUGAAGACUGACUUGAAUCUUAGAAUUGUGGUUACCAUUUUCCGUACUAUUGCUGAUUUUUUCUAUUUGUUGCAUGUGGGCAUUAAGUUUAGAACUGCUUAUGUUGCCCCCAACACUCGGGUGUUUGGUAGAGGUGAGCUUGUCAUGGAUCCUAAGGACAUUGCCCGAAGAUAUUUAAGAACUGAUUUCUUCAUUGACCUUAUUGCGACUUUGCCUCUCCCGCAGAUUGUCAUAUGGUUCAUUAUACCAGCAACGAGAAGUCAACGUGCUAAUCAUAAUAACAAUGCCCUUGCACUGAUUGUCCUAAUCCAAUAUAUUCCCAGGCUAUAUCUUAUUUUCCCGCUAAGUUCACAGAUCAUUAAAGCCACUGGAGUUGUCACGAAAACUGCUUGGGCUGGGGCUGCUUAUAACCUACUUCUCUACAUGUUGGCUAGCCAUGUCUUAGGGGCAUCAUGGUACUUGUUGUCAGUUGACCGGUAUACAUCUUGUUGGAGAUCGACUUGCAGAGAUGAAAGGAAUAUCACCGGAUGUGUGUCUCGGUACUUGGACUGUGACACAUUUGACCUUGAAGCGCGCAAGACGUGGGCAAAUAUCACUAGCGUGUUCAAAACUUGUGAUCCCAAUGGAGACAGCACUACUUUCAAAUAUGGCAUAUUUGAAAGUGCUGUUACAAAAAAUGUUGUCUCUGCGACUUUUCUACAGAAAUACUUCUAUUGCCUGUGGUGGGGAUUACAGAACCUCAGUUCUUACGGGCAGAAUUUGUCCACGAGCACGUUUAUUGGAGAGACAUCCUUUGCCAUACUCAUUGCCAUUUUCGGUCUUGUUUUAUUCGCGCAUCUCAUCGGAAAUAUGCAGACGUACCUGCAAUCUAUGACGGUGAGGCUUGAGGAAUGGAGACUAAAGCGAAGAGACACUGAAGAGUGGAUGCAGCACCGCCAACUUCCGGAAGACUUGAAAAAACGUGUGAGGCGUUUUGUUCAAUAUAAAUGGGCUGCGACUCGAGGAGUAGACGAAGAAACAAUUUUACACGGCCUCCCUUCUGAUCUGCGCCGUGAUAUUCAACGACAUCUGUGCCUCGACCUUGUUCGGCGUGUACCCUUCUUCUCUCAGAUGGAUGACCAACUACUAGAUGCUAUAUGCGAACGCGUAGCCUCAUGCUUGAGCACGGAGGGGACUUACAUUGUGCGCGAGGGCGAUCCGGUUGCAGAGAUGCUGUUCAUCAUAAGAGGGAGGCUUGAGAGCUCCACCACCAACGGAGGCCGGACCGGUUUCUUCAACUCCAUCACGUUGAGGCCUGGGGAUUUCUGCGGGGAGGAGCUCCUCGCAUGGGCAUUGCUCCCGAAAUCCACUCUCAACUUGCCCUCCUCGACAAGAACAGUGAGAGCGCUGGUUGAGGUGGAAGCCUUUGCAUUGAGGGCAGAAGAUCUCAAGUUUGUGGCAAACCAGUUCAGACGGCUGCACAGCAAGAAGCUGCAGCACACGUUCCGGUUCUACUCUCACCAUUGGAGAACGUGGGCCGCGUGCUUCAUACAGGCGGCUUGGAGGCGGCACAAGAGGAGAAUGUCGGCAAAAGAUCUCGCCGCGAUGGAAUCUUUUGCUUUGAGUGAAAGGAUGAUGACAGAAGAGGAGGAGGAGGAGGAGAAGGACAAAGGUUCUUCUUCUCCUCCCGUCUCAUCGAACGACCAGCAGUCAACGGCAAAGUCAAACCUGGGGAUCACUCUAUUGGCUUCAAGGUUUGCUGCAAACACUAGGAGAGGAGCUCAGAAGAUCAAAGAUGUCGGUUUGCCUAAAUUGCAGAAACCCGAGGAGCCCGACUUUUCAGAAGAGCCCGAUGAUUAGCGUGCUGUAUAUUAUGGGACAGGCGGUGGGCACAUGCCGAAUUAUACCGCACCCUGUGAUUUUGGAAGUGAUUAUGUUAUAUUCCUGAUAUGAUGUGAACUGUUUUGUGAAUGUACUAUAAUAGGAUAUAUAGGAGAAUUGAGAUAUCAACAGCUCUGUUGUUUACCAAUCGUACAUUAUUAUUUGCACUACUGUGUUCAACAGAGUUCUAAUUCCCCCAUGUUUCUGUUAUAUGUUCUUUCUUGUUGGUGUUUCCUUUUCAGCAGAGCAAUGAAGAAGGCAACCAAAG